UCUUCGGUCGCCGGCUAUUAACUUAUAUAUAUACCCUUUUUUUUUUUGUCAAGGACUUAUAUAUACUACAACUUACUUUUGUAGUACAACUUCCGAAUGAUAUUACCGUUGUACUGUCACAGAAAAUCUCUUACAAUAAAGUCAACACUGUACUACAAACACAACCAUAUAUAUACGUAAGUCAUACACUAUAUAAGUUCAUGAAGUGAAAAAAGUACAACACAAACAAGAAUAAUGGCUUUCUCUUCCAAAACCCUAAGGUCAACUCUCUUCUUCCUCUCUAUUGUCUUCCUUUGUUUCUCCCUAAUCCUAGCUCACGGCGGCUCAGACCACGACGAAGAGGAGGAAGCUGCGGGGGCCAACCAACCACCUCCGGCCGCUGGCACAACCGUCGUGGAUCUCCGGUCGAAGAGCUUAGUGCGUGUGAAGAUCUACUGUCUUAUAAUACUCUUCUUUAGCACAUUCUUGGCGGGGAUUUCUCCUUACUUUUACCGGUGGAACGAGUCGUUUUUGCUCCUAGGAACUCAAUUCUCCGGCGGUAUAUUCCUCGCGACCGCUCUAAUUCAUUUCCUCAGCGAUGCCAACGAGACUUUCCGAGGGUUAAAACACAAAGAGUAUCCUUACGCCUUCAUGUUAGCAGCCGGUGGAUAUUGUCUUACGAUGCUCGCAGAUGUGGCGGUUGCUUUUGUAGCUGCUGGGAGUAGUAAUAAUAUUAACAACGUGGCUUGCGACCCCGGAGAGUCGAGAGUAGAUGUUGCCGUGGAGGUGAAGGAAGAAGGUCGUCGUGAGACUGGAAGUAGUGUUGAUGUGAAUCAAACGAUUCUGCGGAAGAGUGGAUUUGGAGACACGGCUUUGCUAAUUGUUGCGCUUUGUUUUCACUCGGUCUUCGAGGGAAUCGCCAUUGGUGUCUCAGACACUAAAAGCGACGCAUGGAGAAACCUAUGGACAAUAUCAUUGCACAAGAUCUUCGCAGCCGUAGCAAUGGGAAUAGCUCUCCUCAAGCUAAUCCCUAAACGACCAUUCUUCCUCACAGCUGUCUACUCCUUUGCCUUUGGGAUUUCGAGUCCUUUAGGCGUGGGGAUUGGCAUCGCCAUCAAUGCUACGAGCCAAGGAGCCGCAGGUGAUUGGACUUACGCAAUAUCAAUGAGCAUUGCAUGUGGAGUCUUCAUGUAUGUUUCGAUUCACCACCUUAUCGCAAAAGGGUAUAAGCCUCGUGAGGAGUGUUACUUCGACAAGCCAAUCUACAAGUUUCUUGCUGUCUUCCUCGGUGUUAUCUUGCUCUCUAUUGUUAUGAUUUGGGAUUGAUUUUGUUCACACUUUUAGUUUCACUUAUUCCUUUGUUAAAAUCUGUUUCAUUCUCUUUCAAGUUCAUUUUCGAGGAAAACAAUUCAAUGUAAAUCGUUAAAAAAAAAACUGUACCACACUCUUAGUUUCACUAGCAUUCGCAGGAACUUGCUAAACCUUCUGUUGAAAUAUGGUGUUCCUGAUCAGGUUAAAGGCUCCGGUUUAAUCAAGACGUUGAUAUUGAAGACUCUUGGUAAAGGCUGGUUAA